UUUUCACUCUUUACGCACAUGCCUGGCGGCGUUACAGAUUAUACCAAUUUAUCGGCUGCAUGAAACAUGGAGAAACCUAGAAGAUCAUUAUUUAGAUAAGUUGAGAAUAUUACGUGAACUUCAACAAUUUUCAGGGGCUGAAGAUGGUCACAUGUCAUUUCGCCAAGCGAUGCAUAUUGCUAAAGAUUCUCCUCCAUGUAUACCAUUUAUUGGUACGUUCUUGCAGGAUAUUAUUGCAUCUGAAUUUGAUUUUGACGAGACGGUUAUUGAUGCUAAUUUAAUAAAGGGGGAAAACUCAUCGACAGAAAGCUUGACUAUACAACCAUCUUUAGGCUUCGACGCAGCUGAAGAACUUUCUAAUUCUACGAGCAAUGAAAUUGAUAAUAACUUAAUUGAUAAUUCAUCAAUAAAGGGAAACUUUCUGUACUCAUUUGCGUCAGCUUGGCGCGCCUUGCGCCCAUCAUUUACGCAUAAAACUGGUAAAAUUAAAGAAAGCGAUGCUGUUAUUGAAUUCCAAUCACGUACCGAUAUAUCGUCAGUUAGUAGGCCUAAACCUACUCCAAUAACAAGUGAAAGGAGAAGGCAUAUACAGAAACUAAUAUUGGCAUAUGCGAGAAAAUUGGGUGCGGAAGACAAUGAACAGAAUGCAAAGGUUAAUUCAGGAUCGAUGGAUGAAGAUUAUAUAGAUUGGAAAAAACUAUUUGAUUUUGUAAAAAUUCAAAAGGAUAACAUAAAUGUAACACAACAGCCGUCAUCUUGUGAUUCAAGUGUUUACAGUAGUACAGAAAAAGCAGAUAACGCAAUACGAGAUCAGGUUAAUAGGACGUUGUUCUUAUUCCAGUCGGCUGCUGUACAGUAUGGUGCUCAAAGCCGUCCAACAGUUAGGAAGUAUCUAUUGACAAAAUCAUAUGUAUCUGGUGAUGAGUUGUACACACAAUCAAGGUUGUUGGAAGAACCAUGACUACACAUUAUUAUUGUUAUUCUUAUUAUUAUUAUUAUUAUUAUUAUUAUUAUUAUUAUUAUUAUUGUUUUUAUU